UUGAAAUCAAAGUUAAGUCAACGGACAAGUUGUUUGUGUCCCAAUGUGUACUCCUACAGUUUUAAGCUGUUUUACUUUUUUCUAUUAACUAUAUCAUCAGUAUGUUUACUUAGUUAAUAUUAUUAAAGUAACUAUUAAAUUAGUCUUAUUAUAAAUUCCAACAAGAACAUUUUCUUACUAAUUAUAUCCAAACUUACGUGGAUUCGGGCGUCGACCGGUUCAUCCCUCCUACCCGUAAUAACCGUUGCUGUUCUGUCAGCCGCUCGCUAUCGUCAUUUUGUACUUACUAUCGCCGUGCGCAGUCACGGCAAACGCGUGGUAAAAGUAUAACGCGGGGUGAUUAUUAUAAAAAGCCAAGUGUUGUGAGGUGCAGUGCCGGUCUCCGCGACCGUUUAAUGUGGUAUACAGUGCCCUUGUUAGGUUAUAGUAGGUCGGGCCGCGCGGCGUGAUUAGGCGGCACGAUGGUGGACAUGGAUAGGAACGAUCCGGAACUCCGGUACCUGUCCGUUGAUAGGAACAGUUUCAAUGACCCAGCGACGCAGGCGGAAUGGACGCAGAAGCGGCUGGUUUGGGUGCCCCACGAAACCCAGGGCUUCGUGGCGGCUGGGAUCAAGGGGGAUAGGGGUGAUGAAGUGGAAGUGGAGAUUGCUGAGUCGGGCAAGAGAAUGUUGGUGCCUAUAGAUGAUAUCCAGAAGAUGAACCCGCCCAAGUUUGACAAGGUGGAAGACAUGGCUGAGCUGACCUGCCUCAACGAGGCAUCAGUCCUCCACAACAUCAAAGAGAGAUAUUACUCUGGACUUAUUUAUGUAAGUACCAAGAUUUCUUUUUUUUUUUUAUUUAUAAAAAUCACUAUUUUAUCCUUAGGCUUUUUAAUUUAUGAACAUGGAAUGGUAACCCCACUUGUGCAAUUGAUAUACACAAACAAAAUAUUGUGUGGGUCUGAAGUGUGAAGAUGAACUCAGGUCCAUUGGCCCACUGGGCCUAAUCAUCCCCAGGAUCAAAUCACUAACAAAGUGCAAUUAACCAGGGCAAGAGAAAGAAUCUUUGUGAAAAUUAAGUGUAGCUAGACUAGUAAGGUAUUGGUCUCUACC